AUGCUACUGUACAAAGAGAAAGCGCAGGAGCUGAUGCUUGAAGGCGACUUUUCCGGAGCCAUCAACUUCUACACGCUAGCGUUGAAGACGGAUUCGUCGAAUUCAAAACUUCUUUCCUCAAGGGCAAGGGCCUAUUAUCUCAACUCGCAAGGCAGUGCCAGCAGUAAUCCGUCGCAGACCCAAUGGAAAAAGAUUCUCGACGACUGCAAUAGCGCGUUGGUAGCCGACAAGGAGAACUACGAGGCAUUGUAUUACAGCGCGUUGGCCCAGGCUUAUGGCUAUGGGAGGUUGGAGAAAGGGUUGAAGGCACUUGGGGAAGCAUACACCAAGUCGCUCGCUCGCGCAAAGAGCUCCAAGCAGUAUCUGUUGCCUCAGGAUAUAUAUUUGGAUAUUUUGAAGUUGAAACAGCGGGUACGCCAAGUGUCUUUGCACACCAGCUUGAACGAAUCGAAUCCAUUUUUCAAUAAAUUGGUUUAUCUCCUACAGCAGGAGUAUGAGAAGGAUUUGCAAGAGCUCCUAUCGAAGCAGAUAACCAAAGAUUGCUUGGAUUACGCAACAACGAAGCUUGCUGUGAGAUACAACAAAGAGGUGAAGGAGUUGGUGGAGAUGUUCAAAUUGAAAAACCGGGGGCGAGAAGAGGAAGAAAUGCAACACAUGUCCAACGUCGAGGUUGAACAUCCAGACUUUCUAUGCGACCCAAUCUCCUUCAAUCUCUUUCACGAUCCCGUGAUCACCCCGUCCGGGCAGUCCUUUGAAAAAGCGUGGCUAUGGCAGCACCUAAGCAGCAAGGAUUACGACCCGUUGACGAGGCAAAAGUUGAGCAAGGACAACUGCUAUCCAAAUUUGGGACUCAAAGCUUGUGUUGACCACUAUUUAGCGAUGGGGUCAAAGUUGGAAGGUGGAUGA